AUGUCUCCAUUUCAGGCUGUGUAUGGCCGACCGCGUCCCACGGUUCAGCAGUAUAUACCUGGCACUACUUCCAACAAUGCGGUUGAUGUUGCGUUGCAAGAUCGCGACACUCUCUUGAGCCACCUCAAGGAUCAUCUAGCUACCGCUCAAAACUGUAUGAAGCAACAAGCUGACAAGAACCGGACUGAGCAUAGUUUUGAGGUUAAUGAUUGGGAUUUCCUCAAACUUCAUCCUUACCGGCAGCAGUCCUUGGUACGCAGGCCUUCCCAAAAGCUCGCUCCCCACUUCUACGGUCCAUUCCAGGUUGAGGCCAAGAUCAGCAAAGUGGCUUACAAGCUCACCCUUCCUGCCAACUGCAAGCUCCAUCCCAUCUUCCAUGUCUCGUUACUCAAGAAACGAGUCGGCAGUGGUACUCCUGUGGCCGCAACUCUACCUCAGUUUGACACAAAGGGCCUCAUUGAUUGGCAACCAAACCGGGUUCUUGACAUGGCAGUGGUUACCAAGCGCAAGAGAGCAGUCACCAAAUGGCUGGUGGCUUGGAAAGGUUUACCUCUGGAAGACGCCACAUGGGAAGAGGCGUACUCCAUGGUGCGCAAGUUCCCAGACUUUCAAGCUUGA